UAGGUGCGGCUGAUUUGACCACGGAGAUCGGACUCACGGCUGGAUUGACCGCAGUCUACUAACCUACUGUUUCUUCUACACAGCACCGUCCUGUAAAUGACAACAUCCGGUCUCAGAAUAUGAAAAAACAGGCCUUUUUUCUGUUUCUGUUUUCUAGUGAUUUUAUUUUUUGUUAUAUGAAAUAGAAAAUGAAAAUCGAAUAUUUUUUAAUUUCACUCAUCCCUUUUUGACCAUGAAAAAGAAAAACGCCUUGUAUUUCAAUUUUAAUUUUUGUAUUUUAAAACGAAAAUCAAAUAACCACUCGUUUUCUGUUUUUUAAUACCCGUUUCUGAAAGGAAAAUCCAAUGACCAGAACAUACACGGACCAUCAAGGGAAACCUUUACAAUGCUAAAAGGGCUAACCAUCGACAUGUAAGCACCGUGGAGGGUUGGAGAAUAUGGUUGUGAAUCUCUGUCUGCCACACUUUUAUACAACAGUUCAUUGCAACAAGCUAUGUGCAGAUGGCUAUGAUGUUACAAACCUUGUGUCGCCAGACCCUGCUGUUCGGAGGCAGGGCUUCAAACUGGAGUACUUCUUACGUCCACCUGUACAGGUGACAUUGAAGUUUGGCUUCCAGGUGGAGCUGUGCAGGGUGGAUGUGGAGCUGUGGCCCUGGGGUAUGGACAAAGGACAGGCCUGCAAGAAACUGGAGAUCAGCACCAGCUCUGAUCCGCGACCUUCCCAAAAUAUCAGCCAAGGCCACAGACAGGUUCAGCAAAAGGAACAGAUGCAGGUAAAGAACCAGCAUGAACAGAGCAGAGAAAAGCAACAACAGCACGGACGUAAAUCUCGCCGCAAUAAUGGCCACCAAUGGAGUCGUCAGGCCCAACAGUGGGGAGAAGAGGCUCUAACUGAGCCUGAACGAAGGGGCCAUGUGGUCAAGUCUCAGUCAAACACUGAAUCAAGUAAUCCUGAACCAGAGUUUAAACUGGUAGGUCGUUGCGAACUUAGGGAGGAGACCAGAGUCUGUUUCUCACGUUCAAAUUUUAGACCCCGCCCCCCUUUCCUUUCGCUUCCUCCUCCACAACCUGCAAACUGUCGGCAAGAGGAGCUAUGGAGCAGGGGGCUGCUCUCAUUAGGCGCUGUGACACAACUUCGUGUGACUGUGCCAUUUGGCGGUGCAGCAUCUGCUCUGGGGCUCAAGGCUUUGGUUGUGUGGGGACAACCUGCUCGCUGCUGCCCUGCAGAAGAAGUAGAGAGGAUUAAAAGAGUCUAUGAGGCCAGUGAGAGGCGGCUGCCACAACCUGUACUUUGCUCCUCUUCUGUCAGCCAGUCGAAGCCGCUACUGCAAGCAGCUACACCUCCAAGCAAUCUUUCCAUCCCAGAAGAGUUCCUUGACCCAAUAACUCAGGAGGUAAUGAUGCUGCCCAUGCUGCUCCCCAGUGGUGUGUCAGUGGACAACACCACUCUGGAGGAGCACCAGAAGAGAGAAGCAACUUGGGGUCGACCACCGAAUGACCCCUUCACCGGCGUCCCCUUCACUUCGACCUCCCAGCCUCUUCCUAACCCCCAACUGAAAAGCCGCAUUGACCACUUCGUCCUGCAAAAAGGGAUGAAUAGGAGGGAAGGGAUGUUGGGAAGACAAGGGGAGGGAGAUGAUCCACAGGCCUCGAGACUUAUAGCCUCCAAAAGAGAUGAACAGUCCCAGAACUCUCCAAGUUUCAGUGAAAGCUCUUCAAACAAUACUGUUAUUCAAUACAGUGCUGGCACCAGAAAUAUAAACAGGACUCUACAAAUAGAAAACACCGGAUUAAGACAUUCAUCAGAUAAUGGAGGUCAAACAUCAAACUCCCAGCCUUUUACUACAGAUAAUAAAUCAGAGAUAGAGGGAAGAAAGAAACGAGGUCUAAGUGGAAUUCCCAAAGAAUCAAAUGAAGAGUUUACAGCAGAGACGCAACAACUACCUCAAACAAAAAGACCAAGAAAUGAUGCGGUUUCAAUUCACCAUAUUUCUUCAGUCCCCAGCUCUCAUGAGCAGCGUUUGUCAGCCAGCCUGGAUGAAGCCCUUUUCUCCGCCCUGCAGGGCCGACCCUCCUUCACCUCAAACUUGUCCCAGCAGAGACGUGAUACUCCUGACUCUGAACCACCAAGCACCUCACAGCACUGUCAGACUGCAGGUACUUCAGGCAUGCCAACAGGUGAGAAGAAGUGCUCAGCGUGUUCCUGUUCGGUCUCCGUUUACUCUAAAUCUGCAUCAUCAGUCUACCGUCUCACCUGUGGUCACUUGCUCUGCCGUUCCUGUCUGCAGAGGGAAUCACAACCACUAAACUCUGUCACUAUAUCAGCCUCCAAUCACAUCUUGUGUCCCGCCUGCCAAAGUCCUACACCACGCAGUGACAUCGUACGUGUGCAUCAUUGACCGAUGCCUUAAAUGGCAAACCUACGCAUUCAAAGCCUGCGAGGAGGACUGCACUCAAGGUGAAGACCGGAUUGUAUCGCGUAUUUGGCGUUUUAGUGUUAUGACCCUGCUGAACUCAAAGUGGGAAAAAAAAACCAUUUACGUCUGAAAGAUCCUACAUAGAUUUAUUUAUAAAUUGUUUACUUUAUUUGAUGCUACCGCCAUCUUCCUCUUUGAUCUACAGAAUAUCCUCACAGAUGUGUCAUACUGUUUGCUGAUGGUUGUAUUUUAUAACUUAAAUACAUUAUUCAUCCCUCAUCUCUCUUUUUUUUUCCUCAUUAUUUUGUAAUAUUUUGGUAUUUCUUAUUCACAUAUGUAGUUCAAGUCUAGCAUUUAAUUAUUUUUCUUCGAUUUUCCUUGGAUCUGUGAUGCUACAAAAUCAGAUCAGAGUCUUCUGUUUAACUGUCCUCAGCCAUGGAAAGGACAUCACUGAAAAAAUACCUUUAUCAAAAACUUUUAAAAAAGAAUGUUAAAAAAAAGAAAAAUAAAUCUGUCUCUCGUCUCUUCCACCCCCUCUCUUCGUCUUACCCUUUUCAUGAAGCAUAGUUGCAGCCUUGGUUCUGCAGCUUUUGUACAGACCCUGGAUGUGUAGAUGAUGUUGAGGAGGCACAAAGAAAAGGUUGGGGGACAGGAGUGCUGAGAGCAAGAGGCCAGAAGAAUUAAAGUGGAAAUUGAGUCGA